GUUACACUUGCCUGAGUUAGGCAUUGUUUGCCAUGCCACUAAACCUGCCGCCAAGUGAAAUCUUCAUGGGGGAAAUGAGAUCGAAGUCUGGCCUGCGGAAGAUGGACGCCCUGUCUCUGUUUUUCUUUUAUUUUGCUUUCUUUCAUUUGUUUCUUUUAUUUUUAUUUUUCCCUUUUCUGUUUUGUUCUAUUAACUCUUUCCCUUGUACUUUUGAACUGGUAAUUCAGUUCUGAAAAAAUGAUGUUUUGUAAAGGGUUCACAGUUUUUCAUUUUGAAGUUGACCUGAAUCUGCUUGUAGAUGGUAUACACAGAAUUUAGAAUAUCAUUAACUAAGUUUUAUGCUGUGAAUAAUGGAUAAAUUUGGUUUGGAAUACAUUUAAGCAUCUAAAUUCAACAGAUGAGCGCAUUGUGUCAGACUGGAAUAGUGAAAAGUAUAUCAGUUUUAAGAUGCAUUCUUUCAUAUGUUAUGCUUUAUGAGCUUAUAUUGGAAGAGGACGGUUGAAACUUACUUUCUGGAUAAAUUAACUUUACAAAGUAAAAUCAUGAUCUUUCUCUGCUAUUUUUCCUCUUCUCAGUAGAGUGGUUUUAUUUUAGGUUGCAUGGUCUGUUUAAAAUAAGGCUUUCUGUUGAUGUCUAAUAUGAAGAGUUUAAAGUAUUUAUUUCUGAUGUUUAACUUUCAUGAAUAUUGACUGUCAUUAAAUAUUUGUUUGCUUCUAAUGAAACCUUCCUCCAGUGAGGUCAGAAGCAGUAAGAUUUCAUCCUUUUGUUUUUGUAAUAUUUAGAAAAAAACUGUUUAUCACUCAUAAGUACAAAUGCAGCCUGAGGUAUUACUUUGAAUGUUAUGUGAGGCACAUUGUCUUUUAACACUGUUAUUUGUGGGAAGAUUGAAAAGUUUUCUGUGUGUAUAUAUGUGUGUAAUGCACUUUUACAUGCUCCAGUGGUGACUAUUUCAAGAAGAGUUUUUUUUAAAAAAAAGGUGUCAUCUCACAAUCUCAGAAGCCCUGGCAGUUCAUGCUGGAGUGAUUGAGAAGGUUCUCAUCCCUAAAUGAUGUUCUUUCUUGUGAAACAGAAGCCCUGAAACAGAAGUGCUGGACCAGUUGGUGUGUCUGGUCCUCAAGCAUUGCUCUUCCCAGCCAGCUGCAUUGGGACCAAUUGGUUUCACUCUGGUAAUGCACCAGACUGUGAAGUGCAGCUGGGAAGAACUUUGUUUGUGACCUCUGUUGGAUUUAGCUGUGCCAGUUGAGGUAAUAGUAGUUGUAAAUCCAACAAGAACCAUGAACUGGAUCACACAGAAAUUAUUUUAUUUGUAAGUGUGCAUUUUCCGUUGAUUUAAAAUAGUAGGAAAAGAUCAAUUCCUCUAAUUAUGUUUCAAGUAGUUGUAAACAAGUAUUUUAAAAAUAAAAUUACUUAUUGUUGAAGCAGUUUUAGGGGGAGGGGAGGAUUAACCAUGUAGUUUCAUACAAAGAGUAGGAAAUUAAUUUCUUCUGAGCACAUGGAGGGGGAUAAAAAUACUGUGAUUAGUACCUGCUUAACACAGAUACCUCUGUUCAGCAUUUAGCAAAACAGAUUCUGGUAUGGAUUAGGUUGACUUAGGGCUCUUAAGCACUUUGAUACAAAAAAGUAAUAAUAAUAACAACUGAUAUUUAGGACAACUGUACAUUUUGGAAGAAGCAUAAGGUAUCUCUAGGUAAUGCAGAGCUAAUCUACAUUUGCUUCCAGAUUUCUUUGCAAAGCGAAUUGAUAGAUAAAUGCUCAUAGAAUCUGUAAUUUAUAAUUUACUAAACACUCAUAAACUUCUAAGAAAUAUUUCUAAGGAUGUGGUAUAGAUGUGGUAUCUUUAUUUUGUCUGUUUCCCUUAUUAGAAAAGAAAUAUCUCUACCUCUUUUCCAUUCAGCUUUUAAAAACCAAAACAGUUAUUCUUAAAGUGUCCUAAUUUGUUAUGUCAUUACCCACAUGUUUUGUUGUAUCUUUGUGGGCUUGUAUUCCUUUUAUAAAUAAAUUAAAUUAAUGGAGAUAACACUCCAAAAUGUAAAGGCUGUAACUCGUGAUGAUAUUUGGCCUCACAUAUUAAUUUGUCUUUCAAAACUGUCUAAAGAACAGUGAAGUAAAUUUGCAAGAUAUUUCCAGUUUACCUCCCCCCCCCCAAGUUUAUUUUCUGUAGAAUUGUUAAAAAGUUUGGCCUGAUCUUAAAAACUAGAGGGGGAUCUUUUGAAAAGACAGUAUCUCUGAAAAUACAGGGAAAUUUUCAGAGUUUUGUCUGUAGAGGUAGACCCUUCCCCAUCCUUGAAUAAAUUAAAUGAGUAGAUCUUUGUGGCAUGGAACUGACCAACUAGAUUUUGUAUUUAAAAUAAAACAUUACGUUGUUGAGGGACCAAAGUAUUCUGGAAAUAAUGCAAACUUUAUAAUUUAGGUAUGCAUGUUAUUCAUUUUUUGAACUGCUAUAAUAGUUUACUUAACUGAAAGUGUUCAGUUGAUUCCUUAAGCAAUGUUUGACGAAAUGAAUAAUCCAGUUAUUUCAGUAACAUGAUCAAUAUGCUUAAAGUUUAGAAUUGUAUUUAAGUACCUUUCUAAACUUGGCUCCCUGUCUGUUUAGUUAUGUACAUAACUCGGUUCCUAUUUAAAAGGGCUAAAUGCCUUAAGCAUCUCUUAGUUUAUCUGGUUAAGUGUAUAUUGAAUUGGUUGUAUGUAAGUGCAUAUUUAAGUUAGGCACGUGCUUAUGUACAUUACUGGCCAACGAUCUAAAUAAGAAUGCAGAUGCACCACUUUAGGAGCCAUAUCUGCCAUUGGAUUUACUUGAGCCAUGUCUCUCAAUCCUGUAGAAACCUGUAUGAGUAUACAGUUAAUUGCAAGAUGCUGGCUGUUCAGGAUAAGGUCUGAUGAACCCAUCAGUCAUUUGAAAACACUUAAGUAUUUUGAUUUUCAGAAGAACUGAAAUAAAAUAAAUCUAAAUAGGAGGCAUGAGAAAUAAAGAAAAGAUAAAAUAACAUUACUCUCUAUUUCCCCCAUGUUACAUAUAAAAUAAUUUUAUUUAGAUUUGUUUUGUCCUUUGGUCAUAUCCAACUGUAACCUAGUCCUUGCUGUAGAUCUGUAGAACAAGUUUGCAACACUUUUAUCUUCUUUUAAUUUUUUUACAGUAGUAUGAUUCCGGUGUAGUUUAUUUGAACUUGUAUAGCUAAAAUUGCACAGUGUUUUGAAACUUAUAUUUUGGUUUUUGAUAACAAUAUUUAUAUAUUAAUUUUUAUAUCCUGAAGUUAGGGGUUUUAUAGUUAAAACAUAUACAGUUUGAACCAAAGCACUAAAAGCCACUGGCACAGUAUCAGUAUAUACCUUGACUUUUAAAAUGAUGUUUAAAUAAAAGCAUUUGCUUUAUUAAGGUGCAUGGGGUAAAACCAGAGGGGACAGCUGGAUUGCAUGUAUGUAGUUACACCAGUAAUUUUUAAUAGAUCAUAGAUACCUAGUAUAAUUAGAACUACCUUUCUGUAGUUUUUCAGUUCAGUGUUUAAUGUUUGUACUGGUUUAAAUCCCUUUGCAUUUCAAAUUUAAUACAUACAUGUAAUUGUUAUUUAUAAAUAAUUAUUACGUCUUUUGAUUUUUGAAGAUUUUGGGAGGGGUUCAUUUAGCAGUCUAACUGUAACUAACUUUGAAUGAAGCCUGUGUUUAAUUCAGAUUAGAUAUUACUUAAACUUCUAGCAUGACAGUGAAUAUGAUAUGGUUGAAAUAGUAGGAAAUACAUAUUUUAGGAAAAUAUAGCUUGCUUACCUGAUCAGUUUUCUUCAAUCUCAGUAAAUUUAAAGCUAAUUUAUCAAAAUUUCAGAUAAACUGACGUGACCUAGAAUGUAAAACAGUAUAAAUCUGAUUUUUUUUUUCUCCCUCCACUCCAAACUUCACUUGUAGUAUGUCUUGUGUGGAGUCACAGUAGUUUUUAUUUUAUUUUUAUUUAUUUUACAUCAAAAGUAGGUAACACCAGAGGGGGAAAAAGCACACUAAUUUCAGUUAGCACAUACUUUGUUGUGUUGCAUUGGUUUGUGUGUUCAUGUUGGGUUUUUUAUUGUUGUUGUUUUUUGUUGUUGUUGUUUUUCUUUUGUUUGGUUGGUUAGUUUUGUUUGUGUUUGUUUUGUGUUUGUUUUUUUCUUUUAUUUGUUUGGGUUUUUAAAACUGAUUUGGUUAUUUGCCAUUUCUAGGGAUUCAACUUUAAAAAAUGUUCUUCUUUUCUGUAUCUGAUGUUCUGUGUGCUAUUAGUGAUGCAGCCAACCCGAAUGGUUGUCAUGUGUAAAACAACUUUCGAUCACCGUGAAAACACCGCCCUGGGAAAGCAUCCAUGCUUGAUAUCGUUUGGUUCAUGAACAUUAAGUUUCCAGUACAGGUAAAAUCCCAGAUGAAGCCAAAGCCCUUUCUCUGUUGGCACCUGCUCCUACUAUGACAAGCCUGAUGCCUGGUGCAGGGUUGCUUCCUAUACCCACCCCAACCCCUUUGACUACACUUGGUGUUUCACUUGGCACUUUGGGGGCUAUACCAGCAGCAGCAUUGGAGCCUAACAUAACGGCACUAGGAGAAAUACCACAGCCACCAAUUAUGGGAAAUGUGGACCCAUCCAAAAUUGAUGAAAUCAGAAGAACAGUCUACGUAGGAAACUUGAAUUCACAGACUACAACAGCAGAUCAGCUGCUUGAAUUCUUUAAGCAAGUUGGAGAAGUCAAAUUUGUGCGAAUGGCAGGUGAUGAGACGCAACCAACACGAUUUGCUUUUGUGGAAUUUGCAGACCAAAAUUCUGUACCUCGAGCUCUUGCCUUUAAUGGAGUUAUGUUUGGAGACAGGCCACUCAAAAUAAAUCACUCCAAUAAUGCAAUAGUGAAGCCUCCUGAAAUGACACCACAAGCUGCUGCCAAGGAACUGGAAGAAGUGAUGAAGAGAGUAAGGGAAGCCCAGUCUUUCAUAUCUGCUGCUAUUGAGCCAGAGUCUGGAAAGAGCAGUGAAAGAAAAGGCGGUCAAUCUCGUUCCCAUUCUCGUUCAGAAUCCAGGUCUAGCUCAAAAUCCCGAUCUAGAAGGAAAAGAUCACAUUCAAAACACAGAAGUAGAUCUGGCAACAGAUCCGUCUCAAGACACAAGGACAGACGCGGAUCCAGAAGUCCCCUGAAAAAACGGUCAAGAUCUAGGGAAAGGUGGAAAUCAAGAAGUCGCUCUCAUUCUCGGGACAAGAAAAGAGACCAAGAAAAGGUCAAGGAAAAAGAAAAGUCCAAAGAAAGGGAGAAAGAGAGAGACCGGGACAAAGCGAAGGAGAGAGACCGGGACAGAGACAAAGAAAGGGAAAGAGAGCGAGAUAAAGAGAGAAACAGGGAUAAGGAUAAGCAGAAGGACAGGGAGAGAGAGAAAGAGCAAAACAAAGAUCGAGAGAGAGUCAGAGACAGGGACAAGGAUAAGGACAAAGAUAGGGACAGGGAAAAGGACAAAGAUAAGGAUAAGGAAAAAGACAGGGAAGAUGAAGACCAGAACAAGGAAAAAGAUGAUGUUAAGAAAGAGGGGGAGAAGAACGGAGAGAAGAUUAUGGAGGGAGAUAAGGACAGAGGGGACAAAGACAAGGACAGAGACAACGAAAAGGAAAAAGACAAGGAUAAGGAGCAAGAAAGUGAAAAAGAGGGAGAUGAUAAAAAGAAGAAAGAUAAGAGAUCCAAAACACCGCCAAGAAGCUAUAGCUCUUCAAGAAGAUCUCGUAGCUCCAGCAGAGAAAGGCGUAAAAGGAAGAGUAAAAGUCACUCCAAGUCUCCUAAAACAACAAAAAGAAAGUCUUCACAAACUCCUUCUCCAAGAAGGAAUAAGAAAGACAAGAGAAGAGAAAAAUAUGCAAAUAACGAAAGAAGAGAAAGGGAACACUCUACCUCCAAGAAAAAAAGCAGUAAAGAGGCAAAGGAGAAAUCUGACAAAAGCACCACUACUUUGAAGGACAAAGAUCACACUAAAGAGGAUCCGAAUUCAGAAACUGACACAAAGGAAGUAGGCAAUAGAGAUACACAAAGGACAGAUGAAGUCAAACUGCAACGGAAUGGGAACUGUCAACCAAAUGAUGAAAACCUCCCAGUUAAAAAGGAAGAGGUUUAAAGCAAAGAAUAGGCCUCCGACUCAACUAAGAAAUGAAAUCCAAAGCUUUUUAUUUCCCAGAAUGAGGAAGAGAAUGUCAAAGCAAUCAACCUGAACGUGGUGAUUGUAUCUCUUCCAGUUCUUGUGAUAGCUUUGUGGGUUUUGGGGGGUUUCUUUUGGGUUUUUGUUGUUGUUGUUGGUUUUGGUUUUUGUUUUUUUUUUCUGUAAAGCAAGAGAGCACGGACCAGUAGUUAUACCAUGAACAGGCAGAUGCCAUCAUAACUAUUCAUCUCUGAAAAUCCAUGCAUUUCUAUGAUGGCUGUACUUAUUUGUAAAAUGAUCUAUGUUAAGUUUUUCUAUAAGCUGUUACAAAUAAGUAGAAACUGAAACAUGUAAACCUGUACUAUUCAAAAAAAGAUGAAGCUAUGCAUUGAAGGUUGUUUAAAAUACUGUUUGUUGAUUAAUUUUGUAUUGUUUUACUUUGUGGGUUAAAAAAAAAUCCACAAAAACUUCAAUGUGUACUGUUUGAUGUGCUUGGAAAUGGUGCAUAAAUAUGCACACUUUCUUUUGUUGUAAAUAAAAACUAUAGAAAAAGGUUUUUUAAACAUAAACACAGUUUUACUUUUUUAUGUUAAAUGGCCACUGACUGGUUUGUUUUUUCAUUUGCUCACUGCUUGAGAUUCUUGGGUUUUAUUUAAAACAAUUUCUUACUAAUAUCCCUAAAAUGAAUAUUUCUUUUAAAAUAUUCGUACAAUGCAUGCUACUUUUCUGUUUCUAAAAGGAACAUUGCCGUAUUAUAGAUAAUAGGUUAGCUUUCUGUCUUAUUUUGGGAUUGUUUUGUUGUUUAUUUUUAUCCUUCCAGAAGUGAGCACAUCUGUAUGAUAUUAGAACUUACAGCUUUGUUUUGAGCAGUACUGUCGUGUAUCUGUUCAGCUGCAAAUAGUAUAGGUGCCAUUAUGAAAAAUAAGUUUUUUCUUAUUUGUUUAAAAAAAUAUGGGAGCACAAUCAGAAUCUUUAGUGCCUUCUUAAAAUAAUGUGGUUAUUUUCUAGAAAUGUAUAUGUGCUAUUACUCAUUUUCAGCUAAAUCUUAGAUUAUUUCUAUUGCUAUUUUGCCAGCACCAUACUGUAGACAAGAAUGCAAGUGAUUUGUCAGAAAGAUUGUUUGAUUCACUUGUUAAAAUAUACUAAAGCUUCAUUUUUACUUCUAUUUUUUAUUUUUAGAAGAGAUUUAUAGGUGAAAGCAAAGAUGCAUUUUUGGGGACCACCACUGCAGAAAAGCAGUAGCUGAAUACAAAGCAUUUUCUGAUCACCUGCAGCCCUUUAGACAUUUAAUCUACAUUUGGAUGGCCUUAAUUGUUACCUCUCCAUCAUCAUCUCUGGUACCUGUUGGGUGAUAUAAAAGGAAUUGUAUGUAAAGCUGAGGGGAUAAAUAAUUUGGGGGAAAAAAAAAAACAUUCUAAUUUACGCAGGAGCUCUAUGGUAGAGAUUUUUUUUUCAUUCUUUAAAGAGAAAGCAUAUAAGAAGAGAAUGACAAAGCAAAUAUUUUUGUCAAGGUAAAACAUGGCUUGUGCUUUCCGAACCAAUUUAAUCAGUCUCAUCAUUGUGAGAUUUCUUAAGAGUCAUACCUUGAAAAUUUAUAGCUAAAAUCAAGUAGAUUAUUUUUAAUACGAUUUAAUGCAACAAAUGACUUAAUUGCCUUACCUCAUGGGAAGAGUUAUUUCUUUCAGAUAAAAAAAAAAAUAAUAGCAUAUUAGUUUUUGCUUUCAAUUUGUUUUUCUUUUUCUUUGCAUAAUUAAUUCUUACCAAAAAAAAGCAUAUUGCAGAGAAUGAAAAAUUUGCCCAAUUCCCCAAUUCUUAAGGUAAUGAAACACAACUUGAUUAUGGAGCUGCUUACAUCACUCUUCAUUUUUUUUAAUAGGACUUUAUGUUCUUGCAACGAUGUACAUUUAAGAGUGUAGGAAAUGCUUUACCAUGUAAAGUAUAGACAUUAAUUUUUUGUUAAGCCACAUGCUGUUGACUGGUAAAUAGCUUAUUCUGAUAAAGGAAUGACAAAUCUGUAUGCUUCUAGAAAGACUGAGGAUUGUGUCUUGCAACAACAGCUGUCUUAUUUAUGAUGUGUAAGUAGCACAGAGCAAAGAGAUUAUUUGUAUACUUGUUAUCUAUGGUACCAUUUCACUAAUAAAAUUAAAUAUUUUAGAGGAAA